CCGCGAUGCCCGUCAGCCGCCGCCGAGCCGCCUGCGAUCCGCGAUGAGUUUAGUUUUGAAAACAAGAGGCUGGUCGCCGCUCGUAAGCCGCGCUCGCGUCUGAACGGAAACCCCGAGGCGAAGUAGAAGCUCGGUGACACGAAACGCUGUGCCCCGGUGCUCGUGCCUCGAUCGUGUCCAGUUUUCUUCCGGUAUUUUCCCCCGUUUCCUCGAAAAUCCAGACGAAAAAAUGGACGCCCUUCGCGAGCAAGUGAUGAUCAAUCAGUUCGUGUUGGCCGCAGGUUGUGCUAGAGAGCAAGCGAAACAGUUGCUGCAGGCAGCACACUGGCAGUUCGAGACGGCUCUCAGUAUUUUCUUCCAAGAGGCUGCGAUACCUCCGUGCGCGCAAGGACCGGGCGCGCAUUUCGGCCAAAUAACGCCUUGCAACACACCGGCCACGCCGCCCAAUUUCCCCGACGCGCUACUCGCGUUCUCCAAAAUGUCCGCCGGAGAAAAAACUCCCUCGGGCAUGUCCCCGAGCCAGAACGGGUUGCAUCAGAACUCGAUGCAAAUGGGCACCGGAGCGCCGCAUCACGGUGGACGGUGUAGCGUGACCGGGAACGCGCAACAACAGGCGCAAAGUCAACAACAGUUCGGUUUAGGCGAGCCGCAGAGAUAAAAGAAGCUGGCCAGUCGGCGGCCCGUGCGCGAGAUCCCGAGGUCGUUAUGCGAGAUGCACUUUUAACGGCGUUCAAAAAAAAAAAACAAAAACAACACAAAACGAGGAGACAUGGUUUACAGAAAAGAUCGCGACUGCUCCCAGGGUAACACGCGCUGCGGUGACGCUAGCGAGCGAUUUAUUCGACGAGAGAUUCAUUCGAUGCGCUCGUUGCUCACCGAAUUUUUCCUCAACGACAACAAACAGCUAUAACAAUAACGACGACGACGACGACAACAACAAGAAAGGACAGCAACGGAAGGACGCAAGAUUCGCAUCGAAGACGCGCGCGAGAAGACCACACCUCCCCCCCCCCUCCUCCUAACCUCGUUAUAGAAGCGAAUCGGAUUUUAUUUGGCGCGCGCGUUGAGAACUAUAGACGAAGGGAUUUCCGUUCAAAUCGGACCGGCAUGUUCGCCGAAUUCACGUUGUCGCGCGGGACACGUGGAUAUCUCCGGUUAGAGCUGCUGGUUACGCGAUCCUCGAUUGUGUGUUUGUUUAUUCUUUCGACGGUGCGCCGCGUCGAAUACGGCAGCGGUUGCGCGUGACCGCCGAGAGAGCCCCUCUCGGAACCAUUUAUCUUCCGUCGGCAAAUACGCGUGCGACAGGCGAUCCAUAGACGCAGGACGAGAGAGAGGGUGGAGGCGCUGUAAAAGACUCUAUUAAUACUUCUUUGUUCGUUUAAUUACUCUCUGUCUCUCUCUCUCUUUCUCUCUCUCCCCCCUUUUGAACGCACUCUACGGGACGGUAGUUCCUACAAUUAUGAAAGACAGCGAUACUCUCCUUUAGCGUUUAUGGAAAUUAGUAUGCGUCCAGAGACAUCAUCGCCGCUUGAUUGUGAAUGAGUAGCGAGAAGCCUCCUCCACCGUCCCGGGUAUCUUCCUCGUUGUUUCUCGAUCUACAGGCUCGCGGCUAGAUAGGAAAUGUUUCUUGCGGUCCCGUGAACCGCGGAAGUCAAUGAGAAAUUCAAUAUCACUUCCACACAUACAUACAUACAUACAUACGCGCGCGCGUACACACGUGCGUACAAUACGUACACGCGACCACGUACACGUACACACAUCAUAGUACAAAAGAUCUCCGGCACUGGAUAGGGCGAUUAGCGACGAAUUAACGUUUAGCUUCUUAUUUUGUUUGAAAGAUCGCGCGCGAACAUUUAGACGUGUCCGUGCGUUUGCGAUUCGAUACUACUGAUAUACACGUCCGAUUGCGUGUCGACGAAGAGCUUCUAACGAGAAACUUGUAUGCUUUGACGACGAUCGUGCUCGAUCGAGAGGUGUCAUUGUUUCUUUUUGUUUGUUUGUUUGUUUUAACGAGAGCUGAACUGCCCAGCGAAAAACAGAGCGAAUGGAAUAAAGUUAAGAAAACCAGGAGCAAAAGUAAGGAACGACGCGAGGCUAAAAAUAUAUGGUAAACGAAGAAACUAUCGCGAAUUAUAAUUAUGUAAAAAAAAUUGUAAAAAAGAAUUUAUCGAUUACGUAAUCGUCCAUUUAGAUGUAUUUAUGUAAAGUUAUUCGAACUGAACGAAAGGAAGAAAGAAUGUGUAAACUUUCAAUCAUGAUUAGUGUUAACAUACACACACACAUACAUACACACACAUACACCACAGAGAGAGAGAGAUGACUUGCUCAGAUAGUAUCCAGUGUAGGUCAUUUUUUCUACUGGGAAAAUAAAAGAGCAGUGGAGCCAUUGGUUAGCUGAGCUGUUUCAUCGUCAAUUGAACUCACAACUUAGGAUUACGAGAAUUAGAUGAUUUCGUACUGCCUGUUACGCGCGCGCGCGAAUUGAUUUUCAUCAUCGUAGAUAUUUCAUUAUUGUUCACAGAGAAGAUUCGUGUGCGACAGGCUUUGCGUGAUUCACCUCCGACCAGAAUAACGAUUCAAUAAAAAUGAAAUGUUUUCUUUUUCUCUCUCCUUU